ACAAAAGUGAUAAAUUACAAUUGUUACAAAUCGGUGUUUUCGAAUCCGCAGGAGUGAAAGAAGUGCUUGUUUCUGGUAUUAUCAUUGGGGUUGUUAGUUAGUUAUUACUAAUAUAGAGUUAGAUCAAUGGCACUUUUACAAAUGCAACUGGAACGAUCACCACGGACUUUAAAGUGAAUUUUGGAGCUUCUGUGUGUUUUUGCGAAUAUUGGUAAAAGCAAAAGUAAUAUGUCUGACGCUUUCGAAGAGAUUCAAGCAAUCAAGAUCAAAAGGAAUUGUUUGAGAGAAAAACUGCAGAAGAGAAAACGAGAGAGGCAUGAAUUAUUUACCCUGACCUCUGGUGCUUCCCUAACUUCAUCUCCUAGUAAUGAGCCUCUCAAGUCUCCUGGUUCGAACUCGACAACACUAACUAAUUCAGCAGAAUAUGAGAGUGAUAUAUUGAACAUCCUUCACGACUCCAACACAAAUUUGCCAAUCACAUCUGCAGAGCUGCUGGAUCAGUUAAGAAAAAAUUUGAAUGCUGAUGUAUCACAUGGCGACAUCAAUAAAAUAUUGGAGAAACUUGCCUCUCAAGAUGUUGUUAAAAUCAAGGAAGUUACCGAAGAUGAUGUGUUUGGAUAUACAGUAUUGUCUUUUGCUGAAGCAUCGCCGCUUCAAGUUCAGUGCCUUUCUGAAAUCAUUGAAAAUGCGGAAAGUACAGAAUCAACUACAUCAGAAACCAGUGACAAUCCACCCCCAGAGAAGCAAAUCAAACUCGAUGCAAAGUGCACAGAGGAUAUAAUGUCUCUAAUAUCCAUGCCCACGAUUCGCGAGAAAGAAAACAAAAAAGUCGGAGAACAGAUCCUGGAUCUGCUCUCAAAGCAAACAUCCAAGGAAAAAUCUCUGGCUGAAAGGUUCAGAUCUCAAGGUGGAGCUCAGGUGAUGGAGUUCUGUCCUCACGGAACGCGAGUCGACUGCGCCAAGCUCAAUCAAGGAUUUGCCAACAAGUGCAAAAAACUGCACUUUAAGAAAAUCAUUCAAGGCCACACCGAUGAAUCCCUUGGCGAUUGUAGUUUUUUAAAUACCUGUUUUCACAUGGACACUUGUAAAUAUGUACAUUACGAAGUUGACGGCUCAACGACUCAGCAGCAGCAGCAACAGCAGCAACAACAGCAGCAACAACAGCAGCAACAAAAUAAUGUGGGAAUGGACGAGGGAGCGGCAAACGGCACCAACAGUGACAAGCACUCCGUGAAUUCCGGUCCUGUUGAUAAUUCGCCGUUAUUAGCGAACAAAGCCAGCGCAGAGUUAACUUUGUAUCCUCCACAGUGGAUACAGUGCGAUCUGCGAUACCUGGACAUGACCGUGUUAGGCAAAUUCGCGGUAAUAAUGGCAGAUCCGCCAUGGGACAUUCACAUGGAACUGCCGUAUGGAACGAUGUCGGAUGACGAGAUGCGACAGCUGGGCAUCCCGGCGUUACAGGAUGAGGGAUUAUUGUUCCUCUGGGUGACCGGCAGGGCUAUGGAGUUGGGCAGAGAGUGUCUUCAGCUUUGGGGCUAUGAGCGCGUCGACGAGAUCAUUUGGGUGAAGACGAACCAAUUGCAGAGGAUCAUUCGUACAGGUCGCACGGGACAUUGGUUGAAUCAUGGCAAGGAGCACUGUCUCGUAGGUAUGAAAGGUAAUCCGCGUAUCAAUCGUGGGCUCGAUAGUGAUGUCAUCGUUGCUGAGGUCAGAGCCACGAGUCACAAGCCAGACGAAAUUUACGGAAUUAUAGAACGUAUGAGUCCUGGCACUAGGAAAAUUGAAUUAUUUGGCAGGCCUCACAAUGUCCAGCCCAAUUGGAUUACUCUUGGAAAUCAAGUUGAUGGCGUACAUUUGGUUGAUCCUCAAUUGAUUAAGGUUUUCAAAAAACGAUACCCUGACGGCAAUUCUAUGAAACCCACGAAAACAUAGUCAAU